AUGGCACGAAAAGCAGAUACACCUUCUGAAGGGAGAAGGAUUACUCAAUUUUCAACGACUUCGCCAAACACUUCGAUAAUCGAAAGCGAUCCACUGUCUGAGACAAUCGAGCAGCUUAAUCAGCAGAUUGAGCAGAAUAAGGUAUUGAAGAAACGCAAUGGGAUAUUCUCAGCCAAGAUUUCCGAGCUUGAAGACCAGAUCCGAAGUAAGGAUGAAGAGUUGGCAGUGUUGAAGCAUAGAGCCCAGAUGGAGAAGAUCUUUAAGGCUAUGGAGGAAAGCGUACUCUUAAAUAUUACCACAACAUUAACGCGAUUGCAGGAUUUACGAACCGAUAAUGGUCUUCCUCGUAAUAAGCAGUUUGAUAAGGUGAUUGAUUUGAUAAACUUUAAACACCAGCCGACAGAAGUUCAGCAUUCAAACAAUAGGAAUACAAACAGGUUGAUAGAAGUCAGGGAAAAUUCACACAAGGAAAAACUACACAAAGAAAAGCAGCAGAAGGAAAAAUUGCACGAGGAAAAGAACAGUUCACAUAUCAAUAGAAAGAGCACCUCUGAUAUUCCCAUAUUUUUUAGGAAAGGUCGAACUGAAACUUUAAUGAGUGAAAGGCUACAGAGUUUGAUGGCUCAGCUGGACUCUGAAGAGGAUGAGGACAUGAUUAUUCAUCUGUUAGCUUCAUGCGCAAACGAAAGCAAUAACAACGCUAGAAAAAACGAGAACGACGACGAGGAGGAGGAGGAGGAGGAGGAGGAGGAGGAGGAGGAGGAGGAGGAGGAGGAGGAGGAGGAGGAGGAGGAGGAAGAGGAUGAAGUAAAAGAAGAAGGAGUAGAAAAAGUAUCGGAUAAAGAAUUUAGACAUAUCUUUGAAAAUAGAUCAGAAUUGGUGAGCUCAUGGUUAGAAAAAAAUGAAAACCUGACAAACGAGGAGGCCGAGGAGGAGAUUGAGAAAAAAGAGAAGCAGGGUGAUAUUUAUUACAAGGACCAGUCUUUCCAAUUACCAAACUAUAUUGCUAAUAAAACAUCUAAUGAAACUAACAGAAGAGCCAUAUCUUCUCCAGAGCCCAAAGAUCUGGUAAAUUCUGUGCUGCAACCGAUAACUCCUGAAAACAAACCAACACAGGAGCAACCAAAGCAACCAAAGCAAACGAAGCAAACGAAUCAAACGAAUAACGAAGAUGCUGUAAAUGAAAAAGGUAUACAGCAAGAAGAUCUUGAACUGAAAGAGGAAACAAAGGAAGGUAUUCCAGUUGCUCAAGACAAACCUACGCAACGAUACACUAGGGCAAAAAAGGAGGUUAAUUACAAGCCGUUAUCAAUAAAUGCCAAGAUCCGAAGAGAUUCUAUUCAUAUGAAAGAUGCCGUUGGCGAAGGUGUAUUGUACCAUGCUGCUGAACCGAAACAAGCAUGCAACAAAAAACGCCAGCCUUUAAGAAAUGUUACUAAUACUCAGCAACAGGAUCAGUCUUUGUCGAAACAAGUGAGUAAGAAAAGGCCAAAGAAAAUCGACAAUGGUGAAUUAUCUAUUUUCGAUUUCAAUUUAGAAGAAACACGUACUACUCGGAGAUCAAAGCGGCAAAAGAGCUGA